AUGCUGGAAUCUUUGAAUAUCCACCAAGAGGAAGGUGAGGGUGAUUUGAGUUGCCUAGGUAGCUACUACCGUCGCGAAAUCGACUGUAUUUUUCCCGAUUUUUACUUGAACUACCGUUUUCCCAACUCUCAGCAUGCGAUAUGGAGUCCACUUCAAUCUCUCUUGAGCCGACUAUCGAAACUUCGAGAUAUGACCUGGAGCUGUGUUGAGUUAUUUCCACCCUGUUUGCUCGACACCUUGCAUCGGUUUAUACCACAUUGCAGACUGCAUAUUACGAUAUUUAUUUUACCCAGUUUGCGCUAUAAGAACGAUGUACCUUCUCAUGUUGAUGAAUAUGAAUACAAAUUGGCUACGUCACCUUCCCUCUCUAGCAUCCUAGUCCCGCUCCCAAAAGUUGACAGUGAAUGGGCUGUGUGUUUAAAUGCCAAAGCAGCCAUACACCUAGCAACCGGAUUAGCUCCAAACCUAUCUCGGGUACAUAUCGUUGAGGACCCAUCGGAACUGAGACUCAAUCCAGCAGAACCAGGGUGCCCAGAAUGGAAAGGUUUUCCUCAGAAUCUCAACGACGAGCACAGACUGCAUGGGGGAAGCCUACGAUACCUCAGUCUAAGCUCAGUCCGCCUUGGCUAUUUUAAGGCUUGGGAAAAUCAGAAUGCGUUUUUUGGGCUUCGGGUUUUACAACUGUGGGAUGUCUCCGAGUGUGUGCUUAUCGCAGCAACUAGCUGCCAGUUCCAUUUGCUGAGAUCAUUAGCUCUGAGCUUCCCAGGCUGGGAGAGUUACGAUAGAGCAGCAAGUGAUUUUGUCUCCUCCCUUCAUCUAUUGGAAACAAUUCGAAUGUCCAGCUGCCAAAAGGAGCAUACAUUCCAAGCAACACUUAGGCACCACGGCAAAUCUCUUACUGAGCUCUCGCUUCUCCCACGUGCAUCCGACUCUGGCGAGGAGGUUCCUUCUUUCACCAACCGGAUUAUACAAAUUCGACUUCAUUGCCCAAAUAUCCGCAGUUUGCAAUUCUCUGUGUACCGAAGAAGACUCAAAGAGGAAGACUCUCUUUUCAGAGCCAUCGGUGAGAUCCCUCACCUUAGGGAUAUUUUAUUGCGAUUGAUUUGCAACGACGACAUGCAAGAGCAAGAGUCCUUUUUGAACUCGUUAGACUAUUCAACAUCAGCACCUGAGCUUUCACGGGCAAUGCUUCAAAACAGCCCGCUACAUUCCAGUCUCCCAGCGCAAGCAAUAUUUUUUACGGUCGCUCAAGAGUCCUUCUUGCAACGUCUAACCCUCGAUAUCCGAUGCACAUUGUGUCCCAAACGUGUGGCAGGCUUUCUGAACUGGACCUGCUGUAGGUGGAGAUGUGAGCGUGUGAGCGGUAACAGGAUCAUUGUGCGAGAACUUGAGAAGGACGAUGACUGCAAGGAUGAACAACCUACAAUUCACCUGUAA